AUGGCCAACUCGGCCCAGUAUGGCCCUCCGCUGGACCCUCCUCGCGCCAGCAAUGGUGCUCAGCCCAAGAAGGUCGCCUACUUCUACGACUCGGACGUCGGCAACUAUGCAUACAAUGCUGGUCACCCCAUGAAGCCCCACCGCAUCCGAAUGGCACACAGUCUGAUUAUGAAUUACGGCUUGUACAAGAAGAUGGAAAUCUACGUGCGCCUGAACCUUCCCUCCAAGCCUGCCUCCAAGUACGAAAUGACCCAGUUCCACACGGACGAAUACGUCGACUUUCUCUCAAAAGUCACCCCGGACAAUAUGGAUAGCUAUGCGAAAGAGCAAGGAAAAUACAACGUCGGUGACGACUGCCCCGUCUUUGAUGGUCUGUUCGAAUACUGCGGCAUCAGUGCUGGAGGCAGUAUGGAAGGCGCUGCUCGUCUCAAUCGCCAAAAGUGCGACGUCGCCGUCAAUUGGGCUGGAGGUCUGCAUCACGCAAAGAAGAGUGAGGCCAGUGGCUUCUGCUACAUCAACGACAUUGUCCUCGGCAUCAUCGAGCUUCUCAGGUUCAAGUCGCGCGUUCUCUACAUCGACAUUGACGUCCACCACGGCGAUGGUGUCGAAGAAGCCUUCUACUCAACCGACCGCGUCAUGACCUGCUCCUUCCACAAGUACGGAGAGUAUUUCCCCGGUACUGGUGAGCUGCGCGACAUUGGUGUUGGAAAUGGUAAAAACUACGCCGUCAAUUUCCCUCUCCGCGACGGUAUGGAUGAUGUCGCUUACAAGAGUGUCUUUGAGCCCAUCAUCGCCAAGAUCAUGGAGUUCUUCCGUCCCGACGCCGUUGUCCUGCAGUGUGGUGGUGACUCGUUGAGUGGUGAUCGUCUUGGUUGCUUCAACUUGUCCAUGCGCGGCCACGCCAACUGUGUCAAGUACGUCAAGAGUUUCAACCUUCCAACACUAGUCCUCGGAGGUGGUGGUUACACUAUGCGCAACGUUGCCCGUACAUGGGCUUACGAGACCGGUCAACUUGUCGGUCAAGAGAUGGGCCCUGAGCUACCAUACACCGACUACUACGAAUACUACUCUCCCGACUUCGAACUUGACGUCCGCCCUUCGAACAUGGACAACGCAAACAGCCCGGAGUACCUCGAGAAGAUCAAGCUGCAAGUCUUUGAGAACCUUUCACGCACACGAUUCGCGCCCAGUGUUCAAAUGACCGAUGUUCCUCGCUCACCACUUGUUGUGCAACCGAACGAAAACGACCCAGACAACGAGGGUGAUACCGAAGAUCUGGAUGAACGUGAGCAGCGUCUGGACGACAAGGACGACGACGAGAACCCAGACUCCCGCUACACCGAACGCAAAUGGGAUGCUCGUGUUGAGCGAGAUGACGAGUUUGAAGAUUCUGAUGACGAAGAGAUGGACGCAUUGCUUGGGGUCAAGGAACAGCCUGGCCAGAAGUCUCGCAGGAUGAAAAUUACCGACCACAAGAACCCCUUCGCCGACACGGCAGAGGGGCCAAUCGAGUCUGGAACCGCCACUCCUAUUGACAGCACUCUCCCACCUGUAGCUGCCCAAGCCGACCAAAUGGUCGUCGAGAGAGCACAAGAGGCCAACGCUGCUGUAGGUGAUGCCAUCAUGGCCGCCAAGGCAUCCGAAGAUCCUCAUGCCGUGCAGCCCGCUCUCGGCGAGGAAGUCGCCAGCAAUGGAACCCAACGAGCACGAUCACCGCCAAAGCCAGCAUCGACUACCGUACAAGCUCCUGUAGCCGAGCCUGAAGAUGUCGAGAUGGGCGAUGAUGAUACCGCCCAACCACCUACGGACGCACCAAAUGCGAACAACACACAAGCAGGUGCCGGACCUACGGCUACACCUCCGCCAGAACCUGCAGUGCCUGAAGCACCCACAACAGCUCCUGAGGACGUGGAGAUGGGUGAAGGUGCUGCCGAGGAAAAGGAGGAAGGACGUCAAGAACGUGAUGCAGAAGAUGUGGAAGGCGAGAUGAAGCGUGAGGGCGAGGCUGGUGGCAUCAACUAG